GAAGGUAUUGUUCCCCACCUGUAAUCAUUCAUUUGUAUUAUACCAAAAUCCCAAUUCAAUUCAAACGUAAUCGAUACAGAUUCACAGGGAAUAAUAAUAAUAUACUUCCCCUCCUCUUCGAGAGAUAUAGAUACAUAAUAUAUCUAUUUUCUGUACUCACAAUCACUUCAUCGGAUCUUUACCAGGUAAGUUUAUCCACAUCCACUCAAGAUCUACCCUAUUUUUUAUUUCAAUUUCUAGUUUCGGCCACGAUCGUUGUUUGUUACUCUGUUUGUUUCGCGAGAAAAUGCAGGAAAAUUAGAUUGUCGGUGCUCUGGGACAUGAACGGACUCGCUGUUUUCCCAAUUCACACACUGGAGCUAAACAAGGUAAUCAAAAGCCUGAAGAGUCUUGCUGCACCUCCUGCUAUUGAGUGAUAGAAUAAACUUUUCAUGGGGGCUUUUUGGAGCAUGGCAGGCAAGGGUGCGACAAGCGAGUACAAGGAGGUUUCUUUGGGUGAAACCUGCAAAAGGCAGAGGACGUCAGAAAUUUGUUCUGAGGAGAACUUAAGAUUGAUUCCCAGCCUUCCUGAUGAGAUAUCAAUCCAGAUUUUUGCUAGAGUUCCAAGAGUUUGCUACUUCAGUAUGAGGUUGGUGGCACGGAACUGGAAGGCAGUCGUUACGAACCCUGAAUUGUUCCAAUUGAGAAAAGAACUUGGCAUGACAGAGGAGUGGCUAUAUUUGCUGACUAAGUUCGAGGAUGACAGGCUUUUGUGGCAUGGUCUUGACCCUUUGUCAAAAAAAUGGCAACGGUUGCCACCAAUACCAAAUGUUGUUUACGAAGAAGAAUCCAGGAAGGGUUUGUACGGACUUUGGAACAUGGUCAGUAAAAGUAAUAAUCUCGCCGACAUGAUUAAGGGUUGGCUUGGUCACAAGCAUUCAUCAGAACAAUUACCGUUUUGUGGUUGUGCUAUUGGAAUUGUUGAUGGAUGCCUCUAUGUCCUAGGAGGUUUCUGCAAAGCUUCUGCCAUGAGAUGUGUUUGGCGAUAUGAUCCAAUUGUAAAUGCGUGGAAUGAAGUGACUCCCAUGUCAACAGGUAGGGCAUAUUGUAAGACCAGCAUUCUAAACAACAAACUUUAUGUUGUCGGAGGAGUUAGUCGGGGCCAUGGUGGACUGGCUCCCCUACAGUCUGCUGAAGUUUUUGACCCUUGUACAGAUACAUGGUCCUUAGUACCAAGCAUGCCAUUCUCAAAAGCUCAGGUUUUACCAGCUGCUUUUUUAGCUGACAUGCUAAAGCCUAUUGCCACGGGGAUGACAUCAUACCGGGGAAGAUUAUAUGUGCCUCAGAGUUUAUAUUCUUGGCCCUUCUUUGUUGAUGUUGGAGGAGAGACUUAUGAUCCUGAAACAAAUUCUUGGGAUGAAAUGCCAAUUGGGAUGGGAGAAGGUUGGCCUGCAAGGCAGGCGGGUACCAAAUUGAGUGUAGUAGUAGAUGGGGAAUUAUAUGCAUUAGAUCCUUCUAGUUCUCUCAAUAGUGGAAAGAUAAAGGUAUAUGAUGAGAAAGAGGAUUCUUGGAAAGUUGUCAUCGAAAAAGUUCCUAUCUGUGAUUUUUCGGAGUCAGAAUCUCCAUAUUUACUAGCUGGUUUUCAUGGAAAGCUUCAUGUCAUCACAAAAGAUGCCAAUCGUAACGUUGUAGUUCUACAGGCCGACGUGUGCAAUAAUACGGAAUCUUUCUCAACCUCCUCCUCAUCUUUUCUAGCUAGCUCCUCAGAUGAACAUCUGGAAUCAAUGACAGAAUCAGAAACAGUUGUUUGGAAGGUUAUUACGACAACAAAUUUUGGGUCUGCUGAACUAGUGAGUUGUCAAGUUCUUGACAUUUAGCAUUGAAUUAAUUGAGAUGGCCCAGUGCCCUAUAUUAAACAUAAGUGUGUGUAUCCAAGAAAGACCGCUAAUAGUUUCAUAGUCUUGAUUGCCAGCAGAUCAUACUAGCAUUUGAUGACGUAUUUUCUUUCUUUAGAAGCGGAUUCAUGACCUUUGGAAUUCCUCAGGAGACAGUGAUCUGCUUCUUCACAGAUUACUGUUGGUAUCCAUUGAAUAGCAUUUGAUGAUGUAUUUUAUUCCUUUUAAAAGGGGAAAAUUUUAGAAAUCUGGAAUUCCUCAUGAGACUGUGAUCUGCUUCUUUGCAGAUUACUGUUUUUUUUUUAAUUGAGUAACAUUGGUAAGUUUCUCUCAUGUUAUUUGCCUUGCCAUAUUACCAUCUACAAAUGUGUUGUCCUUUGCAUCCUGUUGAUAUAUAAAUAUGAGAAGUUGUACAGUCAGCAGUUUGAAAUAAGAAAUGUUUACUUUGGUAAUCAUGAUUGGUGAUC